UCCUCUGGGGGGCUGUUCCCUCCCGCAUCUCCUGGCCUGCAGGAUCCAGAAUGUUGGCCUAGUUGCUCCCGACACUUCCACCUGGAGGGAGAACCAGCAGCUUCACGGAGGCCAACCCCGAGUCCAUUCCCCUAUCCAGUGCUGUUAAGGCUGCCCGGGGCUCAGCUCUGCUCACAUGGAUGGGACAGAGACUCGACAGCGGAGGCCAGAGGAGCUGGUUCUGCCACAUACCCUCAGUCCUGGAAGACUCUCUGCAGCCUCAGAAGAUGGACCUCUGAGUGUAUCAGAUGUGGUAGUCCUGAAACCACCGGGGUCUGAGCUUAGCAGGGAGACUGCCUUGUCCAUUGGCCUUCAGGUGAUAGUGCCUUUCCUGUUUGCAGGACUGGGACUCUCUGGGGCUGGCGUACUUCUGAACUAUUUCCAGCACUGGCCCGUGUUUGUGGAGGUUAAAGACCUGUUGACGUUGGUGCCACCCCUGGUGGGCCUGAAGGGGAACCUGGAAAUGACACUGGCAUCGCGACUCUCCACAGCUGCCAACACUGGACAAAUUGAUGAUCCCCAGGAGCAGCACAGAGUGAUCAGCAGUAACCUCGCCCUCAUUCAGGUGCAGGCCACAGUUGUGGGGCUCCUGGCUGCUGUGGCUGCCCUGCUGCUGGGUGCUGUGUCUAGGGAGCAGUUAGACAUUGCAAAGGUGGAGUUGUUGUGUGCCAGCAGCAUCAUCACUGCCUUCCUCGCCGCAUUUGCCCUUGGAAUGCUGAUGGUCUGUAUAGUGAUUGGCGCUCGGAAGUUCGGAGUCAACCCAGACAACAUUGCCACACCUAUUGCUGCCAGCCUGGGGGACCUCAUCACAUUGUCCAUUCUGGCUUUUGUUAGCAGCUUCUUCUAUAAACACAGAGAAAAUCGAUAUCUAACACCGCUGGUCUGUAUUGGCUUCAUGGCCCUGAUCCCCAUGUGGGUCCUCAUUGCCAAGCAGAACCCACCCAUCAUGAAGAUCCUGAAGUUCGGGUGGUUCCCAAUCAUCUUAGCGAUGGUCAUCAGCAGUUUUGGAGGUCUCAUCUUGAACAAGACUAUUUCUAAACAGCAGUACCAGGGCAUGGCCAUAUUUACUCCCAUCAUCUGUGGUGUUGGUGGCAAUCUGGUGGCCAUCCAGACCAGCCGGAUCUCCACCUACCUGCACAUGUGGAGCACGCCUGGUGUCCUACCCCUCUGGAUGAAACAGUUUUGGCCUAACCCAUGCUCCACGUUCUGUACCUCAGAAAUUAAUUCCAUAUCAGCCCGAGUCCUGCUCUUUCUGGUGGUUCCAGGCCAUCUGAUUUUCUUCUACAUCAUCUACUUGGUGGAAGGCCAUUUGGUCCCAAACAGUAAGAUCUUUGUGGUGUUCUAUCUGCUAGCAAGCCUCAUCCAGGUGACGAUUCUGCUGUACCUGGCAGAAGUGAUGGUUCGACUGACAUGGCACCAGGCCCUGGAUCCAGACAACCACUGUAUCCCCUAUCUCACAGGCCUGGGGGACCUCCUAGGAACUGGGCUCCUGACUCUGUGCUUUCUUAUCAACUGGUUUUUGAGAAGUGAAGCAGGGCUGGAUGGCAUCUCAGAAGCAGCAUCUGUACCUCCCUAAUGAACUCAGGCAGCCCCAGUUGCUCAGUUGAAUUUUCCUUCACACCAGAAGAGUACAGAAUACAGUUUCUCCCUGGCUGGGUCCUCAGGAAGGAUGGUUGACAUCCUGCCUCUGCAGUGGCCCUUUGUCAGUCUGCUAAUGACACUGACGCACAUCUUGACUCUGGAGUUGGAACCUGAGCCUGUGAGGGUGAGGGAGGUCUGAAAUCAGAAGCUUUGUUUGUGUGUCGAUGUGACUGCAUGUUCCUGGACAUAAGUGUGUACCCCUGUGCUUGGUGAGUGCACAUAAGUGCACAUGUAUGUGUGGAGAGCAGGGGACUCUGGCCUGAAGAUGCUGAAGGAAGAGACAUGUCCAGUGCACUCAAGGGAUAUGCUGGCCCUGUUCUGUGUCCAUGCAGCUUGGAUUGGGGAGGAGCAGGAAGGAGACGCCUUCUAUGCCCAAGCCUCAGGACUGAGCUAUGGCUUAAGCACAGCCUUCACUGUGUCCAAGCUUUGUGGGCCAUUCUGCUGGUGUGCCUGCAAAUGUGCAACCCUUUCCAGGACAGCCUUCCUUGCACACCCUCCUUCUGCUCCUAGUACUUAAUCCUAUCAAUGUGUUUUCUCUUUUUCUUUUUAUGUUUAAGCAAAACUUCUGUUUAGAUUUUAACAAUCAGGGAUGUAUAAAAUAAAACAUAGAUUAUAUUAUA